AUGGUGAACCGAGCUCAGUUGGCACGCAGCGUGUUUCACGCACAGCGUCGCUUUUUUGCGAAAGAAGUGAAGCACUCGGUCGAGUGUCGUCAGGGCCUUCUCAGCGGUGUGAACCGUCUCGUAGACGCCGUGUCUGUGACUCUGGGUCCCAAGGGACGCAACGUUGUCAUUGCACAGCCAUACGGAGCGCCGAAGAUCACGAAAGACGGUGUCACUGUCGCCAAAGCCAUUGAGUUUUCUGACAAGUUGGAGAAUCUUGGCGCCCAGCUGGUGCGCCAAGUGUCUUCUAACACCAACGACAAGGCCGGUGAUGGUACGACUACGGCUGCGGUGUUGGCUCGCGCCAUCUUCCAGCGAGGAUGCCGUGCCGUAGAUGCCGGUUUGAACCCCAUGGACUUGCUUCGCGGUAUCAACAUGGCCGUAGAGUGCGUUGUGAAGUACCUCGAUUCCAUUAAGAAGGAGGUGACCACCAGCGACGAGAUCCUCAAUGUGGCCACCAUUUCGGCAAACGGAGACCGCGUUGUCGGCCAGCUUAUCACCGACGCCAUGGAGAAGGUCGGCAAGGAGGGCACCAUCACGGUGGUCGAGGGCAAGACUCUGCAGCACGAGCUUGAGGUAGUCGAGGGAAUGAAGUGGGACAAGGGUUACAUCUCUCCCCACUUCGUGACUAGUGUGAAGGACAUGAAGGUCGAAUUCGACAACCCGUACAUUUUCCUCAGCAACGAGAAGAUUUCCAAUGUAAAGCAGAUCCUGCCCGUGCUCGAGCAUGUGCUGCAGCAGCAGGCGCCCCUGCUGAUUGUCUCCGAGGACGUCGACGGCGAGGCUUUGGCUGUUCUGAUUGUGAACAAGCUCCGCUUGGGGCUCAAGGUUUGCGCUGUUAAGCCCCCGGGUUUCGGUGAGCAUCGUAAGGCCACCAUGGAGGACCUUGCUGCUGUGACCGGUGCCGUAUUGGCUGGUGAGAACAACUUCACGGUGGACGGUGACCUGGUUUCCACCCUAGGCCGUGCAAAGAGCGCCACUGUGACCCGUGAACACACGAUAUUGGUAGAAGGCCUUGGGCAGAAGAAGGAUGUAGAGGAGCGUUGUGAUGGUAUCCGUGCGAUGCUCAAGGUGUGCGACUCUACCUACGAGUCCGACAAGUUGAAGGAGCGGUUGGCACGUUUGACUGGCGGUGUUGCUAUUAUCCGUGUGGGUGGAGCGAGCGAAGUGGAGGUCGGCGAAACCCGCGACCGUGUUGACGACGCUCUGUGCGCCACCAAGGCAGCAGUUGAAGGAGGCAUUGUUCCUGGAGGUGGUAGCGCGCUGCUCCACGGCUCCAAACGGUUGGCCGAUUUGCAGACCAAGAACUACGACCAGAAGGUUGGCGUGGACAUCGUUCGUGAGGCUGUCCAGGCGCCCGUUAAACAGAUUGCGCAGAACGCCGGAUUCGAGGGUUCUGUGGUGGCCGAGCGUUUGCUUCAGUCGGAUGAUGUGACCCAUGGCUUUAACGCUCAGAUGGGCGAAUACUGCGACCUUGUGGCCUCUGGCAUUAUCGACCCUACGAAGGUUGUGAGAACCGCCCUGACUGACGCCGCGUCCGUGGCUUCGCUGAUGACUACCUCUGAGGUCGCCAUAUUCGAUGCCCGCAAAGACAAGGAGGCAAACGACGAGGGCAUGCAGCAGCCCAUGUACUAG